CGCAGCAGUACCUUGAGGCAGCAGGUGUACAGUAACUGUUGUCUUAACUUGACUAAUAUAAAGUUGCUCACAGCCUCCUAGACUAUGGAACCCGCUGCUCAGAGGCUGGAAGUCCUUGAUGUGAGCCAUACCUGUCAACUAACAUCCAGGCACCUACUUGCUGCAAGAUAAACAGCAAUAGCAAGUGUAAAGAAACAUGCCCAUGGACACUAAGGCACGAACAUUGCAUUGAUCCAGUUUGUAUUUGGCAUAACUUAUACAGUUUUAGCAAGGCUGAGAGUGAACUGGCAACUCUGUCGUGCAUGAUUAACCAAGAAUUCUCGAUUUUGGCUGCAGCACAAGGUGUUGACACACAGGUUAUUAAUGAACUUGUACAUAAUGUGAAGAAUAUCAGAGCCCAGCUAAAUCAAAUACUGAGCGAAGUGUUGGAAUUUCAGCAGCAACAACAAACGGUGAUGUCGUCUAUGCAGUCCCAGCUCAGCACUCUCUGUGUCCAGUUUAAUGACCUCAGCAUGAUUAUUGGUCCAGCUGCUCUUGAGGCAGGCAGUGACAAGGAAUACUCCACUGAGUGACUCGUAAAUCUUGACUCGCUAUAUACGUAAUUGACUACUGUGUAUAUAAAGGAACUGUAUGCGAAAAUGUUUUUGGUUUUCUGUGUUUUGAGCAAAAUGUUUCCCUAUUGAAAUGGUUUUGGUGGUAGAUUUCAUGUAAUUUUACAACUAGUCUUAAGCAAAAUGGGUGACGAAAGAAAUUUCCGUAGUCAGUUUUAUGGAAAGGUUGGAUUACGUGAAGUUGAAGAUAAAAGAACCGUGGAAACAUUACUGAAAGAGCAACCAUUAGACGAGAAGAAAUUUGCUCACUUUUGCCAUCGCACUGUUGUCCCAGGUGCAUAUAGAUUUCUGGUUUGGAAAUUACUGUUACAUGUAACUCCUCGGUAUGCAGAGUCUCAGGAUUAUGUUAUGCAACAGCAAACUUUGUUGUUUGAUGACCUGUGGCAUAUACUUAAAACUUUGAAACUUGAGAAUGUGGUGGUGGUGAGAAAUGAUAACACGAGUGAUCUCAGUCUUCCAGUGGAUGAUGUAACUGUCAAAAUGGUAAUAAAAAGCGAGGAUGAAGCUCCAACCCCUGAGAAUUAUAUGCUUAUGUGGUUAAUAAGCACAAGCAAGCUAAGCUUCUCUAUGACAUAAGAAAGAGUUAAGAAAAGUGAAUGUCAGCAUUUUCUCCAAAUUGCGAAAAAAAUUUCAUGUUUUGUGGACAACCCUGUUGAUAUUUUUCAUGUGUGUUCGUCUCUCUACUCCUUGCUUUUGAAAAAUCAUGCUGUGAUCACAGAUGCUGUAAUGGAGGCCAUUGGGAUGUUGCGCAAGGAGAACGCCUCUUUACAUUACCACCUGAUGAAGAUUGAGCUCUUCACUAGCAGUUUGUUGGUGGACCUGUGCCUCAGUGUCUUCUGUGACAUAUUUCCUGAAACUGCCGUAGAGAAAAUACUAGAUAAGGUGAUUGCUGGUGCAUUUAGGGUGUUUGCCUUUGUUACAUAUUCCUUACUUGUGCACCUUAAACAGCCUCUUGCUACUGUGUUAAGUGUAAAAGGCAUUAUGAGCAUUUUGUACACAAUUCGCAAGGAGGAAGCUGAGAUUCUUGUUAACUCAGCAUUAGAUCAGUGGCUUAAAAUUGUUAAGAAAAGACCACAACAGUAAUAAAACAAUGAUGUACACAUACAAAACUUUUGUAAUAUAGAAUGAUCCAGCAUUUUCUUUAGUACUACUGUAUUAUAAAAUGUUUAUGUGUAUAAUGUAUGUAUAUGUAGUACAGCAUAAACCAUGUUGUGUGUGUGUGUGUGUGUGUGGAACAGAAUUCUUCCUCCGUAAGCCAUGCGUGUUGUAAGAGGCAACUAAAAUGCCGGGAGCAAGGGGCUAAUAACCCCUUCUCCUGUACAAAUUACUAAAUUUAAAAAGGAAAACUUUUCUUUUUCUUUUUGAGCCACCCUGCCUUGGUGGGAUACGGCCGGUUUGUUAAAAAAAAAAAUAUAUAUAUAAUGAGCAGUUGAUUGUGCUGUCCAUAAUAGUACAUUUACUGUACUUGGUUGCUGAA